GUAUAGCUAGGGCCAAACCCUUUAUUCAUUUCCUACCCGCUUCUUUUACCAAACCCGCUCUCCUCUUCUCGUGUUUACCAAAAACCCAGAGUGAUAUCACCGGCGACGGAGAGCUACGUACGUUUAAACUUAGCGACGGAGCAGCGUACCAAUUCUGUGUUAAACGGGUUAACCCGCUCCGUUUAGGAUUCGGGUUCGGGUCGAGAAGCAAAUCAGACGACGACGACGACGAUGCAGCGGCAGCUCUUGAACAAGCUCAGCUGGAGAGCCAUCAAUGGAUUUGCUCAGUUCACUCAAAGGAGAGCGAUGCACGAUAGGAACAAGAAGGCGAUGGAGUUAAUAGCCAAAGGGUGGAGCGCUCUGAAGGAAGUUGAUAGAGUCAUUGAUUACUGCGAGCUCAAUGAUCGCCGCCUCAUUCCUUUAUUAAGGGCAGCAAAAGAUAAUUUUGAGUUGGCUCUAGAGACUGACAACUCAAAUACCCAUGCCAGGUAUUGGUUGUCCAGAUUGCAUUUGAAAUACCAUGUCCCAGGGGCAUGCAAAGCUAUAGGAGCUGCUUUGUUAGUUGAAGCGGCAAAUAUGGGUGAUGCAGAUGCACAAUAUGAACUUGCUUGUCGUCUUAGAGUUGAGAAUGAAUAUGUCCAAUCGGAUCAACAAGCUUUCCAUUAUCUGGAGAAGGCAGUUGACCAGUUGCAUCCUGGUGCUCUUUACCUUCUGGGUGUUGUGUAUCUGACCGGAGACUGUGUCAAGAAAGAUGUUGCCUCCGCCUUAUGGUGUUUCCAUAGGGCAUCAGAGAAGGGACAUGCUGGUGCAGCUAUAGCAUAUGGGUCUCUUCUUCUUCAAGGUGUUGAAGUCCCAGAAUCUGUGAUGAACUUGACUUCAAAAAGGGGUACUUCAGCCAGAAAGGCAAGAAAAAAUGCAGAAAGCCUUGUAAGAGACCAGGCAGGAAUGGCAAGAGAGCGGUUUCAGAUCGCUGCAAAAGCUGGAUGUGAUCUUGGACUGAAAUGGUUGGAAAGACUUGACGAGGAAGAGAAGCAUCUAUUGACCGAAAAUGAAAUGGUAGAAAAUGCCUGAGGAGGAAAGAAGGUGUGUUAAUCGUUCAAUAUACCAACCAGAUAAAGUUGUGGAGUUAUCCUUGCGUGCCUAGCUGAUUAGGGUCCAUGUAUACGUGGUACAAUCCAACAAGAGAAUUCCACUCCUGCUCUACUGAGAAUGAAGCUUGAAUGUCCUCAAUUGUUGGAUAGUUGUUGUCAUGAAUAUAAUCGUUAUAGUGAAUUUUGUAUAUAUACCGGCAUGUUGUACACUGUGGAAUAGCCAAAUGCUAGCACAAGUACUAGUGUUAUUUUAGGCAGCAAUGCGAGUACUUUUCUUUUUGUUUGAUUUCAAAUGCAAUGGUUUUUUCUGAACUGUAAACGAAGUUCCGAUUAUAACUUGUUAGCAGUAUUUUUCAGUGACCCUUGUAUCUGAUUGAAUUGUGAGAACCAAUACUUUCAAGUCUGAGUUGAUCUUUC